UCUCUAGGCGCUCGUAAUGGAGACAGGGACGAUUGCCAAUGGCGGCACCGCGUCACUUCGGUAUGGGAGCAAUGGUGGUAGCCUACCACAUUUGUUUAUAGUCCCGUAUUAUCUUUUUUCGUGCUUUUAUUGAUUUGAUAUUAAUUUUGAUCCGGAAGCCCAUUAUUUAUUAAACGAUACAAGUUAUUGAAUGGUGAAAAAUUAUAGUAAAUUAAUAAGAUCUUCUGACAUGUUUGUCAAUGAUGUAUCUGAAUUGGAUGAAAUUAUAGAAUAUCUAUAAUUGUCAGAUGUUUAAACGUUUUUAUUCAGUCUUCAAAAACUCAUUUGCUAACAUGGAGAAUUUAGUUGCUGUAUGUCAAUUGACUGCAACAAAUAAUAAGGAAGUCAAUUAUUAUGUUUGUGAGAAACUAAUUAGGGAUGCCGAAAAUGCAGGAGCCAAAAUGAUUUUUUUACCAGAAGCAUUUGAUUAUAUUGAAUCAGAUAGAACCAAAGCAUUAGACUUAGCUGAAUCUAUAAAUGGACCACUUAUCGAAAAAUAUAAAAUGUUAGCGUCGUCAUUAAAAGUUUGGCUUUCUCUGGGUGGAUUUCAUGAAGAGUUUUCAGAAACUAAAUUGAAGAAUACACAUAUAGUCAUAAACCACAGAGGUAAAAUAGUUGCAACCUACCAUAAAUUGCAUUUAUACGAUGUAGAUAUACCAUCAGAAAAUAUUCAGACUUUAGAGUCGAGUAUUAUUGAACCUGGUAAUGAAAUCAUUCCUCCAGUUCAAACACCUAUUGGAAAUGUUGGUUUAGGGAUUUGUUAUGAUGUGAGAUUUUCUCAAAUGGCAUUAAUGUUGACUGAAAAUGGAGCACAAAUUUUAACCUAUCCAUCAGCAUUUUUCUUUGGAACUGGUGCACAUCAUUGGGAAUUAUUAUUGCGUAGCAGAGCAAUUGAAACACAAUGUUAUGUUAUUGCUGCUGCACAAUUUGGUAGCCAUAAUGCAACAAGAAAAUCAUGGGGUCAUUCAAUGGUAGUUGAUCCAUUAGGAACUAUCAUAGCUCAGUGUUCUGAUAAACCAGGAUUUAUUUUGGCUCAAAUUGAUCUAUCAUUGGUUACACGAGUCCGCCAAUCAAUGCCAAUUGAAAAUCAUAAACGAUAUGAUGUUUAUUCAAAAAUGCUAUUCCCUAUUUCAUGUAAUGAGAUUAUUCAAGAUUCUCUUGAAUUCCCAUUUGGAUCAUCCAUAGUAAAAGGAUUACAAAUAUUUUACAAAACACGGUUAAGCUUUGCGUUUACCAACAUCAAAUGUGUUUUACCUGGGCAUGUUUUAGUGGCUCCCAACAGAGUUGUAGCAAAAAUGACGGAAUUAUCAAGUGAUGAAGUACAAGAUCUAUUCCUUGCAGUUCAAAAAGUCCAAAAAGUCAUUGAAAAAGUGCAUGUAACUAAUUCAUCAACUAUUGUAAUUCAAGAUGGACAAGAUGCUGGACAAACUAUUAAACACGUUCAUGUUCACAUUAUUCCAAGAAAGGUCGGAGACUUAUUAGUGAAUGAUGAUAUUUAUAGAAGAUUACAAAAUGAAAAGAAUUGUACUAACUCAAGAAGAAGUGAUGUUGAAAUGAAACAUGAAACUAUGAUGUUGAGAUCAUAUUUUAAAUAAAAUAAUAUUUUUAUAUAAUAAAAUAUAUUGUUCUUAGAAUAAGCCUUAGAAU